AAUUUCGAACCUGGGUGUUCGGGGUGAAGGAUUUUCUUCGUUCACGCGAUGCAGCUUUAAUAUCUAAAGCAAAAAGAAAAACACUUUCAUGUGGAGAAGAAAAUAGAAAUAAAAAUAAAGUACUAAAAUCUGGAAUUUGUUCUCCAUCAGCCGGGGCAUGAAGAUCACAGGAAGAGCGACAGCAGACGGGUGGGUGAGUGGCUGUGGGGUGACUUUGUGGCCGCCUUGUCGAUUCCUGUUUUUGAGGCUAUGCUGAUGAAGCCCCAAACUAUUAGCUCUGACACGGUGACCUUCAAGCCUGCUGGUGUUUGUGGAUGGCUGAUGAGCGUUGGCAUGAGCUUUCAGUGGUCGGGUCAGAGCUCUAGUCCUCUGGCUUGCACCGAUGCUGAGUCGGCAAAAGGAAGAUUUGUUUGUUUUUGGAAGGACGAACUUAUAAACAGAUAAAGAUGAGGAGGAGGAAGAGUAUGUUUCCCCACCGGGGCGCCUCGUUGGGGAACAUUGAGCUGAGCCAUGAUGAGAUCCAGGAAGAGCUGGAGAUCGACACACGUGAACUGGUGUCGGAUCUCAUUAAACUCCCAACAAGAGCCAGGGUCCAGGCCAUACGAGCUCUGCCUAUGAGUUACCAAGAGAGGAGAUAUGUCAGGGGCAGAGUUGUAUCAGUCAAGCACUCGAAGAAAAGGGACCUGCUCCCGACGUGCUGCACCGACUGCCAUCAACAAACCUCCCUGUUUUUCCGCCGGUUUGCUGCCGGCGUGGUCACGGCCCGGAAGCGUCUGGUGAUCUGGCAGGACGCUCUGAAGGAGAUCAGCGGCCGCUUCGGCACCUCCGUCCUCACCUACUUCCGCUUCCUGAAAUGGUUGCUCAUGUUCAACUUUGUCUCGCUUCUCAUCAAUUUCUGCUUCAUCGCCAUCCCACAGAUCGUCCACAGCCCCAACGUCACAUACACAGUGAACUUCAGAGGUCUGGAGCUGCUCACAGGAGCCGGGUACUUUACCCAGUCAGUGUUCUUUUAUGGUGGCUAUAAUGGUGCAGUUGUUGGAAAUCAGCCUUCCUACAACAUGCAGCUGGCUUAUUUCUUCACCAUCGCAGCGUACCUGGUGCUGUGUGGAGCGUCACUCAUCUACAGCAUGGCCAGAUCCUUCCAGAAGAACUUUGUGUUGGUAUCCGGGCCCACGUACGGCGGCGCGUGGAGGCUUUUGUGCAGCUGGGACUUCAGUGUGGUUAACGAGAAGGCCAUCCAGAACCACAAGAACAACCUGGGAAUCCAGCUAAAGGAGACUUUAUCUGAGCGGCUGCAGAGAAAAGCCACGGCGUCGACGUCCACCGUCCUGAAACGGCUCACUCUUUAUCUCCUGGCAUGGACGCUGUGUGUCAGCCUUGCCGUCGGCUCCUGUGCAGGCAUCUACUUCCUGCAGGUAGAACAGAGCCAGAACGAGACCCAGAGCACACAGGUGUUGAUAAAUGAUUUAAAAGAAGAGGCGUCUACGCUGAUUGUGCCUGUCGUCGUGUCCCUCAUCAACCUGAUCGUCCCACUCAUCUUCUCUCUUAUUAAUAAAAUGGAGCACUACAGCAACCCCCGUACCAACAUCUACAUCGGCAUCAUGAGAAAUGUCCUGCUGAAGAUGUCCAUCCUGGCAAUCCUGUGUUACUACUGGGUCAAUGACGUUCCCAAACAAAUUUCAUGUUGGGAAACAUUUGUGGGUCAGAGUGUGUAUCGUCUGGUGCUGGUCGAUUUCAUCUUCUGCCUUCUGGGCUCCUUUUUUGGAGAGUUCCUCCUCAACAUCAUUGGAACAAAAUGCUUCCCGUCCAUCGGCGUUCCCGAGUUUGAUAUCGCCACCAACGUACUCAAUCUAAUCUACGCACAAACGUUGGCGUGGAUUGGGAUCUACUUCUCCCCGCUGCUUCCCAUCAUCCAAGUCAUUAAGCUGUUUAUCAUCUUUUACCUGAAACGGGUCAGUGUGAGUAUGAACUGUCAGCCUCCAAAGCGCACUGGCAGAGCGGCUCAGAUGCAGACUGUUUACGUAGCGCUUCUGUUUUUACCCUCGUUCACUGGAGCGCUCUCUCUGGUGGCCUACACUGUGUGGAGCCUGAAGCCUUCCAGGCAGUGUGGACCUUUCCAGGGUCUGGACACACCCUUCCAGGCCGUUCACCAGUGGAUGAACACGGUGCAGAACAUCCCUGGAUCUGAGUGGGCCUGGUGGAUUUUCGAGCACGUGCUGAAGAGCGAGCUGUUCUUCUACCUGAUCACUCUCAUCAUCCUCGUUGUGACUUACCUCCUGUGGCAAAUCACUCAGGGCAGGAAGCAGCUCAUCCAGACUCUACGUGAGCAGAUAGUCAAUGAGGGUAAGGACAAGACCUUCCUGCUGAACCGAUUACAGAGCAUCCAGAAGCAAAGGACAGUCAAUGCAGCCUUCAGACCUCACGAAUUCACAGAGAGGACAUACUUCAAUCAAGAUUGGAUGAACACGUUGCCUUUGGAAAUGUGAGAAGAUACUCGAAUAGACUUUUCAGAAAUUAUGAAGUUCUGAUUUAAUGUUCUCGAGUCAAAGCCUGGACUCUGACAAACAGGGAGGCUGUUAGAGGAUUUUCAGUUUAAUGCAGUGGUGUCCAGUCUUUUCCAGAAAGAGCCGGUGUGGGUGCAGGUUUUCAUUCCAACCAAGCAAGUCCACUCCAAAUUCUACCUGUUCAAAUCUAAUCUUCAUUUUCAGUGACUAUCAGGUGUGACCAUUGAUUGGUUUGAAUGAAAACCUGCACCCACACCAGCACUUCGUGGAGAAGACUGGAAACCUCUGGUGUAUAGUACGCAAUCGCACUUUCUGCAAAUUAACCCUUAAUAGGAUCUGUGAUUCAGGGUGGGGGCUCGUAUGGUAAUACAAUGAUCAUUCCAAUAGGUGGCAGUGUUUCACUACACAACUCGUGCACCUCAUUUCACUCCUUGUAACGCUGUAAAAGUUGCAUAGUUUCAAUACACGUUUUCGUUAUUGUUUUGUUCGGAGGCGUCGAAGCAGGUGGAAAAAAAAGAAAUAGUAAAAAAACACUGAAAUGAUACUGUUGAUUUUUAUUGUGAAAAAGUCUUUUUUCCAUACACUAAGAACUGUACAGUAAAUAAUUUAAAAACUGUUUUCUUGUUCCAUGAACAUGUUGUUGAUUCCUUAAAUUACUCAGCAGCUUUUAGCUUACACCCAAAGAGAAAAAUAAAAUAAAAUAGUGUUUAGAACCGUG